CAUCUGCAUCUGCAUAUGACCUCUGACUUUCGCCUCUCGCGCCUUUUCUACAGCUAUAAGCACUCCUCCCCCGCCAUUUUCCUCCCCCAUUUUCCUCCCUCCACACAGGCGUUCGCCAAGCAAAAACUUCGUACACCACGCAUUGCCGCCACCGCCGCGCUCGCCACCACCACCGCCGCCAUGAGAACAGCCGCGGUGCUUCUCAUGGCGCUCGCGCUCACCCUCGCCGCGGCCGGGACCGGGACCGGGGCCGAGCUCGAGACGGCGGCCAUUAGAAGGAGGCAGAGCAGGUUCCUGGCGAGCGCGAAGAACUCGCCGCCGCUGUCGUACUACGACUGCAAGAGGAAGCCGCCGUCGGUGUGCCUGGAGCCGGGGAGCCCCGGGGCGACGUGCUGCAAGGGCGCCUGCGUCGACACCGGCUCCAGCUUCGCGCACUGCGGCAGCUGCAACCACGUCUGCAAGUACGGCGAGACCUGCUGCGGCGGCCACUGCGUCGACCUCCUCAGCGACCGCAAGAACUGCGGCGACUGCUUCGUCCGCUGCCCCAGCAAGAAGUGCAGCUUCGGCCUGUGCGACUACGCCGGCUAACCGGCCGGCGACCGGCGACGACGGCGGCGGCGGCGGCGGCGGCGUGUGCAUUCAUGUACGUGGCGUGCAUGCGAUCAUCGAGGCAGGAAAUGCAAUACAAAUUCGUUCCUACACAUCCAUCAGAGAAAUAAAAAAAAUGGCAGUACGUAUAUA